AUGGCGCCAGAGCACCGCCGCAUCCCGAGAGGGGGAUGGGUCCUCGUGACCGGUGCAAAUGGAUACAUUGCAUCGCACAUUAUCGAUGUCCUCCUCGAAGAAGGCUACAAUGUGCGCGGCACCGUGCGCAGCGAGAAACCCUGGCUCAAUAAAUUCUUCGAGGACCGCUACGGGACGGGCAGGUUCGAGACAGCCAUUGUCACGGCACUGAAUGCCCCUGGGGCGUUCGACGAGGUUGUCCGGGGCGUUUCGGGUGUGGUCCAUGUGGCGACGGACGUCUCUUUCAGCUCCGACCCGGACGCCGUGAUUCCCGGCGUCAUUGCCAGCACCGUAAAUCUCCUCAGGGCGGCGGCGGCGGAGCAGUCGGUCAAGAGCUUCGUGCUGACGUCCUCGUCCACCGCAGCGCUGGUCCCCGAGCCAAACAAGCGAAUGACCGUCGACGAAAACACCUGGAAUGGCUCGAUCGUCGACGCCGCGUACAGCAAAGACGCCCCCGCCGAGGCCAAGCCGUACCUGGUCUACGGCGCCUCGAAGAUGCUCCAGGAGCGUGAGUUCUGGAAGUGGGCGGAAGAGAACAAGCCGGGCUUCGCGGUCAACAGUGUGUUGCCGAACAUGAACCUCGGCCGGAUCUUGUUGCCCGAAGGCUUCGGGAGCACCAUGGGCUGGGUUCGUAGUCUUUUGGAAGGCAAUGAGCGUAUCCUCGGCACGCUGCCGCCGCAAUGGUAUGUCGACGUCCGAGACGAUGCUCGCGUCCAUGUUGCUGCGCUGCUUGACCCGGAAGUCCAGAACGAACGACUUUUUGCGUUUGCCGGCCCUUACAACUGGACCGAUAUCAUCAAUAUUUUGAACAAGCUGCGGCCGGAAAACAAUAAGAUCCCCAAAGCUCCGCCGAACGAAGGUCGCGACCUGACGGAUAUCAAGGGGAGCAAGAGGGCGGAAGACCUCAUCAAGUCGUUCUUCGGCGUUCCUGGCUGGACGAGCCUGGAGGAUAGUAUUGCUGCGGGCAUCGCGGACUUGAAGUAA